AUGAAGACCGAGUACAUCCAGGCGCUGUCCCGGCAGCGGCCCGCCCUGGUCAACGAGAUGGACCCGCUACCCAUCAUCAGCACCAUGGUGGACAAGGGACUGCUCAAACAGCGCAUGGCAGACUACAUGCUACCGGAGGACGUUCGCAGGCAACUCAAUGAGAGGAUGAUCAACGCCCUCCCCCCACAAGGGGAACCGGCCUAUGACAUCCUGAGGGACACGCUGAAGAGCAGCGGCCAGGGAUUCCUGGCAGACUCCAUCGACAAGACUGAGAAGAAGAUGAAAGGAACGACAGAGGAAGCUGUGACGGUAAACCGUAACCUCCUGAUGCAGAACAUGCAGCCUCUGCCACUGUACCGCACACUGGUGGACUCCGGCAUGAUUAAGGAUGCUGAGGUAGAGGAGCUCUUGGCACAAGAAAAGAAGAAGAAGUUGAACGAGAAGCUUCUGAACUACCUGACAACCCGCAGUAACGAGGGCCACGAGGCAUUCCUCGGUAUCCUGCGGGAGUGCGGCCAGGGUAGCCAGGCGGAUGGACUGGACCAGGCGGCGUCCUCGGCAGAAAAGAACACAGAACCUGCCAGCAACAUCAGCAGUUUCACCAAGCCUCAAGCGGAGAAACGUCCGACCUCCCAGCCGACAAAGUCCCCGGCCCCAGCUAACGUCCGCGAGGACACGACAUCAUCCAAGAUGGACACAACCACCACCCUGGCAAAACGCGAGGCUCAGACAAAGGAUAAGUCUCCGCUAACCCAGACAGAACAAAGAGCAUCGGGUCCCGCUUCUCCUGAGACGAAAAGAGCCCGGUUAGAUGAGAAACCCCAGACAACGCAAGACACAAGGCGUUCAGUAAGCCCGGACAAGUAUAACAUCAAGGAUAUCAAACCAGGGACUCGUAUAAGGUGGCGUGAGACUCCAAAAAGUGCGCUGGAAAAGUGGACACAGGGAUUGACAACAUCACCUUCUGAACCAGCCAGUAAGACGGCAAUGCGAGAAGAACAGCCUUCAAAAGACGAGCCAGGCAAGGAUCAAGAAAGCCAUGUCCACGACAGCAGGACCAGUCCAAGCAAGGCUCCUGACAAAGUAGAGCCCUCUUCCCUGAAACCACACGAUAGGAUCUCGUCCUCACCGAAGACAUCAAAAGACGAGCCAAGCAGAGAAAAAGAAAGCCGUUUCCAAGAGAGCAGGACCGGCACAGACAGGGUCCCUAAAGUAGAGCCCUCCUCGCUUAAACCACAGGAAAGGGUCUCAUCCUCACCAGGGACGCCCAGUCUUACAACGGACAGGAACGUCCCGGAGCGUGAUCCACCGCCGUAUUCUCCUACUUAUUCAAAACCAAGCAGUACCGCUGCUGCUGACGAACGUGAGGUACCACCUUUGUCAGACGUGGAUGCCAGGCUAGACAGGCUGUUUUCCAAAUUAGAUAACUUGGAAUCAUCGCUGAAAAAGAAGCCUGAAUCUUCUCCCCAGACAUCCACCUCGCCUCUAGACAGAUCAACGACAAAGGUCGAAGAUAAAAUUCAUCCUUCACACUCGUCCCCGUCACAAGACAACAGAGUCAAAGAUUCUCCCAUCCGAAGCUCUACCCCAGCCUCGAGCAGGCUUGGAACAAGUCCUAGAGAAGACCGACCCACCGAUAACCGGAGCAAUAGCAAACCGGACGACUCUUUCAGGUCGUACACGUCAUCCACUACAGAAACACCAAGUCGAAGCCUUCCUGACGAGUCGUUUACGCCAAGUCGAACGCUUCCUGACGAGUCCUUUACACCAAGUCGAACCCUGACUGAUGAGUCCUUUUCACCAAGUCGAACGCUGCCUGACGAGUCGUUUGAUUCGUACUCAUCUCCACCGAACACCUAUGACAAUAGGCAGCCACGAGACUCCCGAUCGCCUUUGUCACCAACGACUGGCACACCAAGCGAGAAAAGGCAGGACGUCAGCUCAACUCGUUCUCCUGACAGGUCGAGCUCCAGUUUAUACUCGAAGCCUUACUCCCCUAGGACAGCUGGUGACGACAGUCCAAAGACGGUGGGAGACUCCUUCCGCCAUACCCCUACUGGUUACAGUUCAGCUAAGCCAGAGGAGUCUCUCAGUCGGGAAGCACCAAAGACUGCAGAUACGCGACCUGGAAAGCCGGAAGACUCCCAACGACCCAGCUCCUCACCCGAACGAGAUACUGUUACACAGCCCUUCCUCUCUCCAAAAGACGAAAAGCGUUUUAUCGAAAAGAAUAUGGACCAAGCUGCUGAAAAGUUGGAGGCUAAGUUGGGCGAAGUAGCACCCACUUUCAAGAGUUCGUACAGCACUACCAUAAGCCCUGCUAAGACGAAUACCCCAGAGAAGCCGGCGGUACGAUCUAGCACUCCAAAAGGGCCAUAUGAAAAAGUUCGUAUCGAGAAGAAAGACGACAAACCAAUCUUCAAACCGUGGAACAAGGGACCUGCGGAAGAGACCAAAGCGGCAGAAGAAGAUUCAUCCUCUCCUACUUAUGACCGUCCACGUAGACAGGAGGCAUCUGAUGAAGACAUGUACAGUUCGCCGACGAAGCCAAGAGCAGCUGAAGAGACUAGAUCUUCGCCAGGUGUUCACUUCAGUGAUGACCGUCCACGUAGACAGGAGGCACCUGAUGAAGACAUGUACAGUUCGCCGACGAAGCCAAGAGCAGCUGAAGAGACUAGAUCUUCGCCAGGUGUUCACUUCGGUGAUGACCGUUCACGUAGACAGGAGGCACCUGUUGGAGACAUGUACAGUUCCCCGACUAAACCAAGGGCAGCUGAGGAGACUAAAUCUUCCCCGAGUGUUCACUUCAGUGAUCCGCUCAUCAGUGAACCCAUCUACGACGUUCCGCGGGACUGGGGACAUGCUGACGUGCAGGAAGACGCAGCCCAGGAUUCCGCUGCACCUGAGCUACCCCCGCGGUCUUCGCCGUCACCGACAAAGAAAACUUCUUCCUUCACUGACUUGUUCAAGAAGAAAGACAAACAAGCUGAGAAAAGCCAACCCGACAAAGCAGAGAAGGGUGACAAUGAGGAUGAUAAGAAGCGUAAAUGGGUAGCUAAUUUUGUCGAAGCCAUAAGGACAAAGAAGAAGGAUGACAAAACGGGCACUAAAGGUGCCUUAAGCGAUUCCGAAGAGGAGACAGAUAAAGAACGAGCAGAUGUUGACGAAGGCAAAAAGGAGAAGAAAGGUGGCUGGAUGCGUGAUGUUGUUGAUAGACUGAAGCAGAGCAAAUCCGACGACGAGCUGGACACAGUUCCAGAGGUAACAUCCGACGAAGAGCGCGCUGCCCGAAAGGACGAGCAGCCCAAAGUUGCGGACAAGGUAAAAGAGGGUGCGAAAAAGGCUGCAACGAGGACUAAAGAAACAGCUGAUAAAGCAGUUGAGGCGACGAAAGAAGGUGCAAACAGAGCUGCUCACGCAGCCUCAGAAAGCUGGAAGCAGCUGAUAGCUGGGGUGAAGGGGAGAGAUGAGAAAAAGAGCCCAGACGAAGAGAAAGGCCAUAAAGCUGGAGUCACAAAGGCAUCAGAAAAGAAGACUGAAUACCAUGACGAUGCAUUGCCAGAUACAGUGGUUGUAACAGAAGACGAAGCUGGCAAUGUUACUAUUGAGUCGGAUGACUUCAGCGACAGUCUUGACAUUGACACUGAUGUCGAACCAAAACAAAAGGAGAAAAGUGGGUGGAAACUACCGGACUGGAAUCUAAGAUCACCAAAGUUGGGCCGCAAGAAGGAACCGGGGUAUGACGCGGAAAUGGAGUCUCCGGUGGAAGAUGAACCUAUCAAAGAGAAAGAUGGUGACAAGAAAGGUUGGAAACUUCCCAACAUCCCCGACAUCCAUCUCAAGAGUCCGGAUUGGAAGUUCGGGCGGGAGAAAAGCCCAGGCAGCGCAUCUGAGGAUGAGACACCAGACAAGGGUAAGGAAGAUGAGAAAAGAAGGGGAAGAAAGGGGUGGAAGGAAUUCUUUAGCACUCCUGACAUUAGAAGCCCCGACUGGAUGAAGCGGGACAGAAGUCCUCACCGUGAUACACAGCCUGCUAAUGAACAGUCGCCGAAGGAGGAAUCAGAAAAGAAGGGAUGGAAGCUUCCCGAUUGGAGUUUUGGACGGGAUAAAAGUCCUGGGCGCUCAUCUGCGUCCGCGUCUCAGGAAAACAUCAUGGAGCCAGAGGAGAAAAAGGAGAAAAGAAUAUCGAAACCGGCAGAUAAGGAGGUCCCAGCAAAGAAGGAAGAGAAUGAAGAGAACCAAAAGAAGUGGAAAAUGCCAGAGGUGCAUGCACCGGGUAUCAAACUGCCUGACUGGAAGAUGGGAGGAAAUAAAAGUCAGGAAAAGGUGGAAGACACUGAAUCUACAGAAACAGCCAAGGAAAAGAAGGAAUCAAAAGAAGAGAAGGACAAAAAGUGGAAGAUGCCAGACUUCCAUGCACCUGACAUCAAACUGCCUGACUGGAAGAUGGGACGAACUAAAAGUCAGGAGAAAGUGGAAGACACCGAAUCUUCAGACACAGAGAAGGAAAAAAAGGAGCCAGAGGAAGGAAAGGACAAGAAGUGGAAGAUGCCAGAAUUCAAUAAACCUGACAUCAAGCUACCUGACUGGAAGAUAGGAAGAACUAAAAGUCAGGAAAAGGUGGAAGACACCGAAUCUUCAGACACAGAGAAGGAAAAGAAGGAACCAGAGGAAGGAAAGGACAGGAAGUGGAAGAUGCCAGAAUUCAAUAAACCUGACAUCAAACUACCUGACUGGAAGAUAGGGAGAAGUAAAAGUCAGGAAAAGGUGGAAGACACCGAACCUUCAGACACAGAGAAGGAAAAGAAGGAACCAGAGGAAGGAAAGGACAAGAAGUGGAAGAUGCCAGAAUUCAACGCACCUGACAUCAAACUACCUGACUGGAAGAUAGGAAGAACUAAAAGUCAGGAAAAGGUGGAAGACACCGAAUCUUCAGACACAGAGAAGGAAAAGAAGGAGCCAGAGGAAGGAACGGACAGGAAGUGGAAGAUGCCAGAAUUCAAUAAACCUGACAUCAAGCUACCUGACUGGAAGAUAGGAAGAACUAAAAGUCAGGAAAAGGUGGAAGACACCGAAUCUUCAGACACAGAGAAGGAAAAGAAUGAACCAGAGGAAGGAAAGGACAAGAAGUGGAAGAUGCCAGAAUUCAACGCACCUGGCAUCAAACUUCCAGACUGGAAAAUACGAAGAGAUAAAGGUCAGGAAAGGGUGGAAGACACUGAAUCUUUGGACACCGAAAAGGAAAAGAAGGAACCAGAGGAAGAAAAAGACAAAAAGUGGAAGAUGCCAGAAUUCCAGGCACCUGACAUCAAGCUUCCAAGCUGGUCAACAAAACGAAACAAAAGUCAAGAAAACGUAGAAGAGGCCAAGUCUUCUGAAGACCUCAAUAAGCCAGACGACGAAAAGGAAUUGAGUGAAGAAAGUGAAACGAAGAAGUGGAAGUUCCCAGAGUUUCAUGCACCAAAUAUCAAAGCCCCUGACUGGAAGAUGCCUAGAAGGAAGAAUGAAGAGACAAAGCAGGGAGAUGAAAGUUCGGAAGACACCAAGAAACCAGAGGACACAAAAGACAGCAAAAAGUGGAAGAUACCAGAGAUUCAUAUGCCUGACAUGAACUUUAGAAGAGAUAAGAGUCCUGAUAGAGAGCACCCUACAGAAAUCAAUGGUGUGGAGGAGGAAGAAGACAAGGAAAAGAAAAAGUGGAAAGUCCCUGAGUUUCAUGCUCCUAACCUCAACUUCAAGGGCCCAGACUGGGGUCGUAGGAAAGAGAAGAGUUCAGAGGAAACAUCUGAGGCUGAAAUGACAAACGGAGAACCUGAGGUUGUUGAGCCGAAGAAGAAAAAGAAACAGACCAAGACCUGGAGUGUUCCUGAUAUCAGCUCUAAGUUCAGAUCUAAGGACGACAAGCAACGUUCGUCUGAUGAGCCUAAGGAGAAAAGGAAGUGGAAUCUCCCUGCCAUGAGGGCACCAAGCUUAAAUCUGAGGUCUCCGGGUACAAAACCAUCUGACGAAGACUGGCCGAUGCUGGCCCGAAGUAGACGAGGGAGAGAUGUUGAUGAUGUAGAGAAGGCGAUAUACAUCGACAGGAAGCCGCGUUCACGGGAGUUUGAAGAUGUGACGCUGAGGUCGGCAGAUGACAUGAACGCCAACCCAGAGGAUGCAGAUGAUGAGGCGAGCAGGGCUGCUGAACUGCCCCAGCCUGUAGCUGAUGACAUCAAAAUCGCAGCUCAGCGUCUCCAGAGUACAGAAAGGCUCCUGAAGAUGCUUCAGAACAUGUCAGACAAGGCGAUCAACCAUGCGGUCAAGUGCGAGCCACUGGAGGACAAGGGACAGCGGGACUUAGCCGACUCCAUGUCUGACCUGCGACCUGAGGAGCUAACACGGAAAGACAAUCUUCAGUUGCUGGAUAAGAUGUCUGAGGAGCUGAUGUACCUGUACAAACACAAGGACGUGCCCACCAGCCCCGUGCCGUGGUGUAUGGGCUUCAGCGUCACCAUGAGAGAUGUCUACACAACUCUCAUGCUCCACGCCAUCUCCAUGAAGGCAUCCCUUUCAGAUCUGGACAAGAUUCUCAAACUCUACAGAGAAGACCUGGAGAGAAUGAAGGAUGAGGAGGAAAAGCGGUCGAAGAAGAAGGGUAAGAAGAGCAGUAGAUCAGCGCCAAAGUCCAACGAGAGGUCUGACUACUAUGGACGGGACCCUAGCUUUGAUGUGGAAUUCUAAGAUCCUAUAUAUUUGUAUGGUUUAGAAAACAAUCAGUGAAUAUGCAGAGCUCAAUUAUCAUAAUAUACUGAAAGAAGUCUUUACUAAAUACACUAUAUGAAGACAAAUAAUUACUGCUGCUGAUAUUAGUCAGAUUCACUUCUCUGUUAAGAGAUUCACACUAACAAGCAUAAAAUGCACAAAAGCACAGAACUUUUCCCAUGGGUAAAUGGUAAAAAUUGUAGCUCUUAAAUACUUUGUCAAUUAGUUGGAGGUCACAAAACGUUCAGAAUAUAACACUUUAUCAUGAUGUAACAAGGUGUAUAAUACAAACCCUUGAUAUUGUGGGUUUAAAAGUGAUGCAGUAUUAAUGGUGUACUUGAUAGCCAUUUCAUUUCUUAUUGUGAGGGACAGAAAAUUGCCUUAAAUUUCUUUUUUUCUACUUCAGUACAUUUAUUAAAGUUUGUGAUUGCUACAUUUUGUGGUAGGAGGGGAAAGGAGGCAUUUGUGGUAUUUUAAGUUCGUUAACUGUAAGUUAGAACUAGCCUGGGUGCUAUCCUCUGUAGUUUCCGCCUUCUCCCUAAUGUCGCUGGGCCCAGAGCGGGUGGGAUGGCACCCAGGGCUAAGUUGGAACAGUCAUAGGAAUGCAAGACAGAGAGGGCAAUGGGUGAAUUGCAAACAUAAAACCACCGCAUAUAUUUCACACUUUAUAGUAUCCUGGCAUUUAACUUUUCAAGGAUGACUGUUAACUGUGCACCUAUAUUGUGGCCUCUACUGCAUAACUUUAGUGAAGAUGGUGUAUGCUCAAACAUUAAAAAAUCACAGCAUGUUACAUCAUCUUGAAUGACAGUAGACUGAGUAGAAGCCCUGAAAAUAUACAUGAUUGUACAUACAUGCAGGAGGAAAGGGUACUUAACCAUCCAGUAUUGUCAUGUGAUUGUAUGCUGCUAUUACAAUGCAACUCAGUCAACUGGAGUGAGGGAAAAAGAUUCUGUUUUGUAGCUAAUGCUCAGAACAUGAAAUAGCCACUUCAAGUUGAUACAGCUAUAUAAGAUUUAUAUGGGAAUAUGGUCAAUUCCAUUAAAUUUCAUGGCGAGGCAUCAAAGAGGUUUUCUCACCAAUCCAACUGUCUGGACAUCACAAAAUUUCAAGCCAAGCUUUUAAAUCCUGACAUCAAUUCAUUCUCUGGUGUGCAGAAACAUUUUAAGAGAGUAUCUUAAAAAGGAAAUUAUGCAUGAAACUCUGAUUGUACUGGUUGAGCUGCAAAUUACAACAGUACAUCAUACUAACAACCAUGUAUGAUAUAAGGGAUAAAGUGAGAACGGACUAUGCAAUGUUGGCAAAAUUUACCAAAUGUCUUUCAUUGGUAAGAUCACUGAAAAAUGAAUUACAGGGAUGGAAAGUUAACAAAAGAAAAAAAAAGACAUUUUGUAUCAUCAAUUUUGCACAACCCUGCAAUGCUACCUUUCUAUUUAGUCCUUUAGAGUAACUCAGAAAGUUUUAUACUAACUUGUUCUGGACAGAGACAGUGCACUCACACAAUACUAAUUGUACUUCUAACAUUACCAAGGCUGAUGCACUACUUGUACCAUGUAUGUAAAGGCAACUUGGAAAAUAAAAGGUUGUUUUG